UGUGGGAGGGUACAGAGCCCUGGCUCCAGAGGCGAGGCAGGACAGGGUGCAGGGGUCUUGAGCCAGCGCGCCGGGUGCCCCAGCAUUCCCGGCAGCAGGCGGUCCAGCCAGGUGGGAUGCUGAGGCUGCUGCUGCUGUGGCUCUGGGGGCCUCUCGGUGCCCUGGCCCAGGGCGCCCCCGCGGGGACCGCGCCGACCGAGGACGUGGUAGACUUGGAGUUUUACACCAAGCGGCCGCUCCAAAGCGUGAGUCCCUCGUUCCUGUCCAUCACCAUCGACGCCAGCCUGGCCACCGACCCGCGCUUCCUCACCUUCCUGGGCUCUCCACGACUCCGUGCUCUGGCUAGAGGCUUAUCUCCUGCAUACUUGAGAUUUGGCGGCACAAAGACUGACUUCCUUAUUUUUGAUCCCGACAAGGAACCGACCUCCGAAGAAAGAAGUUACUGGAAAUCUCAAGUCAACCAUGAUAUUUGCAGGUCUGAGCCGGUCUCCGAUGACGUGUUGAGGAAACUCCAGGUGGAAUGGCCCUUCCAGGAGCUGUUGCUGCUCCGAGAGCAGUACCAAAAGGAGUUCAAGAACAGCACCUACUCAAGAAGCUCAGUGGACAUGCUCUACAGUUUUGCCAAGUGCUCGAGGUUAGACCUGAUCUUUGGUCUAAAUGCAUUACUACGAACCCCAGACUUACGGUGGAACAGCUCCAACGCCCAGCUUCUCCUCGACUACUGCUCUUCCAAGGGUUAUAACAUCUCCUGGGAACUGGGCAAUGAGCCCAACAGUUUCUGGAAGAAAGCUCACAUUCUCGUUGAUGGGUUGCAGUUAGGAGAAGACUUUGUGGAGUUGCGUAAACUUCUACAAAGGUCAGCUUUCCAAAAUGCAAAACUCUAUGGUCCUGAUAUCGGACAGCCUCGAGGGAAGACAGUUAAACUGCUGAGAAGUUUCCUGAAGGCUGGUGGAGAAGUGAUCGACUCUCUUACAUGGCAUCACUAUUACUUGAAUGGACGUGUUGCUACCAAAGAAGAUUUUCUGAGCUCUGAUGUGCUGGACACUUUUAUUCUAUCUGUGCAAAAAAUUCUUAAGGUCACUAAGGAGAUCACACCUGGCAAGAAGGUCUGGUUGGGAGAGACGAGCUCUGCCUACGGCGGCGGUGCGCCCUUGCUGUCCAACACCUUUGCAGCUGGCUUUAUGUGGCUGGAUAAAUUGGGCCUGUCAGCCCAGAUGGGCAUAGAAGUCGUGAUGAGGCAGGUGUUCUUCGGAGCAGGCAACUACCACUUGGUGGAUGAAAACUUCGAGCCCUUACCUGAUUACUGGCUCUCUCUCCUGUUCAAGAAACUGGUAGGUCCCAGGGUGUUACUGUCACGAGUGAAAGGCCCAGACAGGAGGGAACUCCGAGUGUACCUGCACUGCACCAACGCCUAUCACCCACGAUAUCAGGAAGGAGAUCUAACUCUGUAUGUCCUGAACCUCCAUAAUGUCACCAAGCACUUGAAGGUACCGUCUCCGUUGUUCAGGAAACCGGUGGAUACGUACCUUCUGAAGCCUUUGGGACCAGACGGAUUACUUUCCAAAUCUGUCCAACUGAACGGUCGAACUCUGAAGAUGGUGGACGAGCAGACCCUGCCAGCUUUGACAGAAAAACCUCUCCCCGCAGGAAGCACACUAAGCGUGCCUGCCUUUUCCUAUGGGUUUUUUGUCAUAAGAAAUGCCAAAAUCGCUGCUUGUAUAUGAAAAUAAAAGGCAUGCAAGUACCCCUGAGACCAAAGCCGACGGGGGUGUCAUUCAUAAAACAAAACCCUAGCUUUAGGAGGCCGCCUCCAGAGCCUCAGAAGGGCGGGGCACACUUCAGUAUUACAUCCAGUGUGGUCUCCUCUAAGAAUACUGCAGGUGGUGACAGUUAAUGGCACUGUGUGGCAAAUGAUACUUAGCCCUUUGCAUGCACUAUUUUAGGGGUUGUUAAAAAAACGUAUAGGAAUGCCUCCAUUAUGACCAAGAGGAAAAUAAGUGGAGGAUAUGCCUGAUUUUUUUUUUUUAAAAAGGCUUUGUUUGUUUUUAUUUUAUUGUUAUUAUUUUGGUAAGAAGAUUGUCAAGUAGGACCUUCAGAAGCCUUUCUCUAGCUCCAGCGGGGGAAGGCGCAUUGCGGUAGCGCCACACUGGCUGUAAAAAAGACACCUGCUCACACUCUGAGAGGAACUAAAACAGAGAAACAGCCCCUGUGCCUCUUCGUUCUUCACGAGUCUGGGAAAGGACACAUGGCUGGGUGGAGUAGUCCUAAACAAAGACAAACGAAAGACCAGUCACAGCCGAGAGGGAAGGGAUGCCUCCGGUUUGGAAAUGACUGUAAAGGAGCCGGUUGGCUGAUUGGAAGACGUUUCCGGAAACACCUGACGUCAUCACCCUCCAUCAGUGUUUACUUUUUCUACACCAGUAGUUGUUGCUUUGCUUGGGAAGCUUUGGCCUGUGAGGAGCAGAAGCCUCUAAAUGAGGACGUUGAUAACCCCACAUAAGGAGUUGUUGAAGUGAGGUAGGGUCCGACAGCUGAGCACUCCUGCAGGGGUCCAUCUUCUAUCUCCCUCUCUGUCCUGAUGUCUGUAGUGCUGGCUCCUGUCUUGGCCUGGGCACGUGAUGGCUACAACUGGUCUAUAGAUUUAUUGAGAUCCGGCAGCAACCAGAGGAGGAAGAUGAGUGGUUUCUUACCAACCUGAAGAGUUCUUUCUUGGAAGUUAUCUUAGCAAGCCUUUCCUCAAGUCUUACAAGCAAGGAAUAAGUGUCUGUGGUCAUUUCUCGUCACCAUCCAUGAGUAGCAAUGCCUACAACUGUCUUCAAGCAAUACUCCCUGGGGCAGAGAGGUUUGGUGGAGUCCACAGCACUGGACACUUGCUUUUGAUUAAGUAACAAAAUGUAAUUCUCCCCCCACCCCAGGAUUUUAAUCCUAAGGAUUACAGUUCUGUAUGUUUGCCUGCUAGGAAUAUUAUCUCCACUGAAUUUAGUACAUUGUUGAAGCUAGAACCUAAAGUUUGUACGCUUCAAUACUCUCCAUUUUUAUGCAACUAAGUUUUUAUACUUCCACAUUUGAAAUAAACUAAUUUUAUAGCCUCA